CUAUCUAAAAGUACAUAUUAUUAUAUUAUUGUCUCCUAAUAAAGUUCACAUACUAUUUUAUUCCAUUAUAUAAAUAGCAUAAACUAUAGUGCUAGUAGUUUAACUAAUUUAACAGAAUUGAAGGGGCAGUUAAUCGGCAGUUAAAAUGAAGAUUAAGCUACCUAAAUGUAGAGGAAGAGGUGAUGAUGAGUCUGAAGAAGAAGAAGAAGACGGUGGUGAAGAGUUGACGGUUGAUGAAGAGCUUCAGGGCUCUAUCAGAAAAUCGUCAUGGAAGAGUCGACUCAGCUUCGUCGGGCUGUUCCGAACUGAGUCCGGUGGUGAGUUGACUCGGGGUACUGCCAGUGGGAGAGACUUGGCUACAAAUGGAUCCUCCACCACCACCACCACCACCACCACCCCACCAGGAUAUAUUCAUCCCCAUAAUUGGUGGUACCAGGUAUGGACGCAAUUCAUUCUGCUAUGGGCAAUCUACUCUUCCUUCUUCACUCCAUUGGAGUUCGGCUUCUUCAGAGGUCUCCCCGAGAAUCUCUUCCUCCUCGACAUCGCCGGCCAAUUCGCCUUCCUCAUCGACAUCUUUGUCCGCUUCUUUGUCUCCUACUCCGACCCCCACUCUCGCCGCAUGGUUUACAAUCGCAAGCUCAUUGCCAUUCGGUACUUCAAAUCUCGCUUUCUUGUUGAUUUUCUGGGUUGCUGCCCUUGGGAUGCUAUCUACAGGGCUUGUGGCAGAAAGGAGCCUGUAAGGUACCUGCUGUGGAUCAGGCUAAGUCGGGCACUCAGAGUGACAGAAUUUUUUGGGAAGAUGGAGAAAGAUAUCCGUAUCAAUUAUCUGUUUGUAAGGAUCAUGAAACUUUUUGUUGUUGAACUCUAUUGCACGCACACAGCUGCCUGCAUCUUUUACUAUCUGGCUACUACUAUGCCUCCAUCUAAGGAACGUUACACAUGGAUAGGAAGUUUACAGAUGGGUGACUAUAGUUAUUCACACUUCAGAGAGAUUGAUCUUUGGACACGUUAUGUAACAUCACUAUAUUUUGCCAUUGUUACAAUGGCUACUGUUGGUUACGGAGAGAUACAUGCAGUCAAUGUCAGGGAAAUGAUAUUCAUAAUGAUCUAUGUCUCUUUCGAUAUGAUUAUCGGCGCCUAUCUACUUGGUAACAUGGCAGCAUUGAUUGUGAAAGGAUCAAAAACAGAAAGGUUUAGGGACAAAAUGGCAGAUCUUAUUAAAUAUAUGAAUACACACAAACUUGGAAAGCGUUUAAGUAAUGAGAUCAAAGACCAUGUGAGGCUACAGUAUGAGAACAGAUACACAGAAGCUGCUCUUGUUCAGGAUAUUCCAAUCUCCAUUCGAGCUAAGAUUUCACAAAAGUUAUAUGAGCCAUAUGUUAAAGCGGUUCCACUUUUCAAUGGGUGCUCUUUGGGAUUCAUCAAACAUAUUUCAACCAAAGUCCAUGAGGAAUUUUUCCUCCCAGGAGAAGUGAUUAUAGAGCAGGGAGAUAUAGUGGAUCAACUGUAUCUUGUUUGUUUUGGUGAACUGGAGGCAAUAGAAAGAAGUGAAGACGAAGAAACAAGAGAAUCUCCUCUGCAUCUGCAAACUUACAAAACUCACAGUUCGUUUGGUGAAAUUUCUAUGCUUUGCAACAUUCCAGCUCCUUAUGCCGUUCGAGUUUGUGAACUAUCUAGGCUAUUACGACUUGACAAAAAAUCUCUCACUGACGUCCUUGAGAUAUACUUCUUUGAUGGGCGUAUUAUUCUAAAUAAUGUGCUUGAGGGAAAAGAGUCCAAUCUUCAGAACAAGCUAUUGGAGUCUGACAUAACACUUCAUAUUGGAAAGCAUGAAAGUGAGCUAGCUAUGAGGUUAAAUUGUGCUGCUUAUGAUGGAGAUCUGCAUCGGCUAAAACGCUUGAUUGGAGCUGGGGCAGAUCCCAAUAGGACUGAUUAUGAUGGAAGAUCACCUCUGCAUGUUGCUGCAUCCAAGGGAUAUGAAGAGAUUACUGAGUUCCUUAUCCAAAAAGGAGUAGUGAUCAACAUUACAGAUAAUUUUGGAAACACUCCAUUGCUUGAAGCCAUCAAGAACGGACAUGAUCACAUCGCUUCUUUACUUGUCAAAGCCGGGGCAUCAUUAACUAUAGAGAAUGCUGGAAGUUGUCUCUGUUUAGCUGUUGCAAGAAGAGAUUUAGAAUUUUUAAGAAGGGUUUUGGCUAAUGGCAUCAAUCCCAACUCUAGAAGUUAUGAUCUUCGAACACCUCUUCAUAUAGCUGCUGCGGAAGGGUUAUAUACAAUGGCAUGUUUACUUUUAGAAGCUGGUGCUAGUGUCUUCUCAAAGGAUAGAUGGGGAAAUACUCCACUCGAUGAAGCACGUAUCGGUGGAGACAAGAAUCUUGUGAAACUUUUGGAAGAAGCAAAGAGCGGUCAGUUAGCCGAGUUUUCUGAUUGCUUCAAAGAAAUUCAAGAUGCAACUAAAACCAAAUAAUAGAUUAAUAGGCUAAUGUACUCCAGUUUCAGAAAUUGGAUAUGUUUUGCAGUGGCAUUUUUAACAUUUGCUUAAGAAGAUAGAGCUCUGUUGAGUCAGAAGGAUUUGAGAAUAACCACUAUAAUGCUAAAUGGCUUUCCCUUCAAGGGGAAAAGGAAAUUAAUAAAAUUUACUUUGUUUGGUGAA